AAUAAUGCAGUGACGUGGUAGAGUUCCGUCAAUGUAGCGGUGUCUGACAGCCAGCCUGCCCGGGCCAGCAGCUGCCUUGUCCGGCUGGGUAAUCCGACAAGGCUCGGUCCAAGACGGAGCGGAGGAAGAAUCCAGGAGAAGGAAAACAAGAAGGAGCUGCCUGCCAAACCGAAGCGGGGAGCUGAAGAUUAGAGAGAGCAAACACAGAGGAGGUAACCCUUAUCAUAUCCUGAAGGAGACGAGGCACAUUGCAUGAUCUUGUGUUUGUCUACAGUGCCAAAGAUGAUCUAGGGAGAAGCCUCCAUGGCCAGAGAAUCAACGCCUUCCUAGCUCCGUCAGGAGCCCUUUUAGACCUGCUCCAAGCUGCACUGGGGGGCUCAAACGUUCCCCUGACUCCACUGGGAGGCCCACUCCAAUCCGUCUGCCAGCUCAGAUAACCCGACUGACUGUUGGCAACCACAUGUUUGAGGUGAUUUUAUGUGACCGCCGCCGCCGCCGCCCAUUCUCGAGCAGCAGCAGCCUCCUGCGAUCCCGAUCUGCACCAUGCAGUGGAGACGGCGGCACUGUUGUCCCAUCAAGAUGACCUGGACCGUCAAGCGUUCGCUCUUCCGUGCCCAUGUGGCUGGCCUCCUCUCUCUGGCUCUGCUCUUCACCCUCUUCUUAUUUUUCAGUCACCAGGACUGGCUGCCGGGACGUAGUGGACCCCGGGAAAACCCGCUGGCCUACACCGUCAGGGGCUUCCGCAGCCCCAAGGGAGAAGCCAACCAGAGCAAUUCCCUGAGGAGCCUGUGGAAGGAGACAGGGUAUGUAGCGCCAAAGCCGCUGCUCAACCUCAGCUCUCAGCAAGCGGAUGGAGCAGCGGGGGAGGCUGCGGGAGGAGGGGGAGGGGCAGGAGCCAGGAUGGGUGUAAUGGGGCUUGGGGACUCAAUGAGCACUAACAACAGUUUACAGAAGGAGAUGGGUGUGGGAGGGAGGCUCAGCGCUCAGCCCUACCGCUACAUCCUGAAUGAGCCCUUUAAGUGCAGGGACAGCAUGCCCUUCCUCGUCCUCCUCAUCGCUGCGGAACCUGGCCAGGCCGAUGCUCGCAUCGCCAUCCGCCAGACAUGGGGGAAUGAGAGCAUAGCAAUGGGCCUAGGGUUUGUCCGUCUUUUCCUGCUUGGCACAGGAAAGACCUCAGACACUUUCCUCCAGAGCAGCAUAGAAGAAGAGAGCCGUGUUUACCACGACAUCAUCCAACAGGACUAUCAGGACACAUACUACAACCUUACCAUCAAAACCCUGAUGGGCAUGAACUGGGUGGCCAGCUAUUGCCCCCACGCCUCCUAUGUUAUGAAGACAGACAGCGACAUGUUUGUCAAUACUGAGUAUCUCAUCCAAAAGCUGCUGAAGCCUGAGUUGCCUCCCAGGCAGAGGUACUUCACUGGCUACCUGAUGAGGGGUUAUGCACCAAACCGGAACAAGGACAGUAAGUGGUACAUGCCGCCAGAGCUGUACCCGAGCGAGCGCUACCCGAUAUUCUGCUCCGGCACAGGGUACGUGUUCUCAGGGGACAUGGCCGAGCUCAUCUACCAGGCCUCUCUCAGCAUACGCAGGCUGCACCUGGAGGACGUUUAUGUGGGGAUCUGCCUGGCGAAGCUGCGCAUUGACCCGGCACCCCCUCCCAAUGAGUUCCUCUUCAACCAUUGGCGGGUGUCUUACUCUAGUUGUAAGUACAGCCACCUGAUAACAUCCCAUCAGUUCCACCCCAACGAACUCAUCAAGUACUGGAACCACCUGCAGAGCAACAAGCACAACGCCUGCAUCAACAUGGCCAAGGAAAAGAACGGCAGGUACAGACACCGAAAGUUUCACGGAGAGAGGCCUCCUUGAUGCAUCCUGUGAAGACCACCCGCCUCAAAGAAGGGAGAUGGGCGCACUGUAACUACAGCCAAUGGAAGGCAUGUUGAACUCAGCACUAUACACUAUAUGGGGAUAAGCACAUUGUUUUUGGUAUUGUGUACAGUCGAUGAUCCAAACUAUUUUUUUAAUUUGAGAAAAAACGUUAAGUAUUGUAAAACUGUUGAGCUAUUUCUAAAAGAGAUAUGAAGCAAGUCUGUGAUAUGAAGCAUGCACAAAAGUGCUGCUGCUCAAGAGUGGUGUUUAUGAUAAUUCAGGUGCCAACAGAAAGGUGGUAAUUCAUGCUACCGCUAAUGUGAGGGCUCUCCUCUAAAGGGUAGUAUAGUAUGUCACUUUACAAAUCAAAAAAAGACAAAAUUGUGUUUACACAGACAAAGGGAAAUGCACAAGUAUUAAAGAGGUCAUAUUAUGCUUUUUGGCUUUUUCCCUCUCCUUUAUUGAGUUAUAUAUCGUUUUUGUGCAUGUACUAGGUUUGCAAAGUGAAAAAGGCCUUUGUCCUUUGAUCCCCGUGACUUCACAGCAAAAUCCGUAUCAUAAUGCUCGCCUAGCGACACGUCCUCAAAAACACCAGUGGAAAAACACUGUGUGGCAGCACACAGUGACAAGACAUCCAUCUGCUGCCUCUCCUCUCCCUUCCAAACA